AAAUAAAAUACAAUCGUAACUUCAACGUAGCUUUUUCGCGGACGCACUUUUUGUUUGAAAGGCUGCUGUCGGAAGUACAUUUCAUAUUUCUGUCUGCUUAAUAAAAAACACGUUAUUCGGGCUGCAGAGUACUCACGUCAAACUCUUUUCGUUGAAUGUUUUUUCACGUUUUAGAGAAAGGAACAUUUUCGGACAUACUGCUCCGACAUUGCACAGCUAUCAUAAAUACAAGCAGUCAGCUAGGCUAGGUAGAGUGAGUUGUAUGACUGUUUGGAUAACUUGCUUGUGUAAUUGACGAAGCUCUGCUGUUUUGAGCAGAAACGGAACGCUUUGAAAAGCUUCACAGAAAGCUCGAAGAACCCGCAUAAUUUGGACUGUCUGCAUCGCUGCCAACAACGAUGAGUUGCCUAAAAGAAGAAACUCGAAGUGUCUCCCCUCACUGCCCCAAACCUGACGAGUCUGAGGAGCCGCUGGGCACAGCCAUUGAAACUGGUGCUACUGAAGAUGAGAGUAUGAAGUCUGAGGGAAUAACACCUGAAGUGGUGAUUACUAAGGAAAUGGAGGAAGAAGAGAAGAAGCUAAUGGAGCAAGGCGAGAGGAAAGAGAAGGAGAUGAUGAAAAAGGCCAGGGAGUCUUGGGAGAGGGACUCGCAUGACAUGCGGUUCAAGAGGCUCCAGCAUUUGCUUCAGAAGAGCAACAUCUAUUCAAAGUUUCUGCUGACAAAAAUGGAGCAACAACAGAAUGAGGAGAGACUCAGGAAGGAGAAACUUGAGAAGAAAGCCAAGAAGAAGCAAAAUGCCAACGGUGCAGAAGCUGACAGAGCAGAUAAGAAGAAAAGGAGAAGAGAUGAAGACUAUAAAAUAGCAGAUGUGAUGUCAAAAGAAGAAAUUAUGUCGCAGGCAAAGAAAGCAAAAGUGGAAGAAGUGGAAGCGGCACCUGCCCAGAAGAAACUAGAAGCUGAGGAUAUUGAGAACAUGAGCGAUUCCAACCAAGAUAUAAAGAACCGCCUGUCGGAGACGGUGCGUGACAACGCUAAGCACCUCCUGCAUCCUCAUAGGAAGGUGAACGGGCAGCCAGUUCCUGUUCAGCAACCACAGCUCUUCACUGGAGGCGUCAUGAGGUGGUACCAGAUCGAAGGCAUCGAGUGGCUGAGGAUGUUGUGGGAGAACGGCAUCAACGGGAUCCUGGCUGAUGAGAUGGGCCUGGGAAAGACCAUCCAGUGCAUCGGUCACAUUGCCAUGAUGAUAGAAAAGAAAGUGUUGGGCCCCUUCUUGGUGGUGGCUCCUCUCUCCACUCUGCCCAACUGGAUCAAUGAAUUCAAACGCUUCACACCAGAGGUGUCUGUGCUGCUUUACCAUGGCUCUCAGCUGGAGAGGACCAAGGUGCUGAAACAGAUCUGCCGGCCUCAGGGGCCUCUUAGCAUGUGUCCUGUGGUCAUCACCUCCUUUGAGAUCUCCAUGAUUGACAGAAAAUUAUUACAGCGCUUCCAGUGGAAGUACCUAAUAGUGGACGAAGGCCACAGGAUCAAAAACCUUAACUGUCGGCUGGUGCGGGAGCUGAAGAUGCUGCCCACGGACAACAAGCUGCUGCUGACAGGCACACCGCUGCAGAACAACUUGGCUGAGCUCUGGUCCCUGCUUAACUUCCUCCUGCCAGAGGUCUUUGAUGACCUCAAAAGCUUUGAGUCGUGGUUCGACAUUAACACCCUUGGUGAGGCCGACAGUAUGGUGGUUGCUGAACGUGAGCAGAACAUCCUGAGUAUGCUGCACCAGAUUCUGACUCCAUUCCUGCUGAGGAGGCUAAAGUCAGACGUGACGCUGGAGGUUCCUCCUAAAAAGGAGAUCAUUGUGUACGCUCCUCUGACAGCCAAGCAGGAGGCUUUCUAUACUGCUGUAGUCAACAAGAGCAUUGCCAAGAUGCUGGGCCAGGAAAAGACAGAGGCUCCUGUAGCCCUGACAUCCAGCGGCAGGCCGAAGCGUCGCAGCCGGAAGGUAGUGGACUACAAGGAAACGGAUACAGACACUCCAUAUGACCUGGAGAAAUAUCUGGAGAGGGUUCGCAAGGAGCUGGAGCCGAGCUUCCAUCCAGUGCUGGAUGUCCAAAGCCCGCUGGAUGCUCAGGUCAGUCUGAAGCUGCAGAACAUCCUCAUGCUGUUAAAGAGAUGCUGUAACCACCCGUAUCUGGUGGAGUACCCCCUCGACCCCGCCACAGGGGAGUUCAAGAUUGAUGAGCAGCUGGUGCAGAGCUCUGGGAAGUUUCUCAUACUGGACAGACUGCUGCCAGCACUGAAGAGAAGGGGUCAUAAGGUUCUAAUCUUCAGUCAGAUGACAUCUAUCCUGGAUAUUCUCAUGGAUUACUGCUACCUGCGGGGCUUCCAAUACAGCCGCCUGGACGGCAGCAUGUCGUAUGCUGAGAGAGACGAAAACAUGGCCAGGUUUUCCAAAGAUCCAGAGGUGUUCAUCUUCCUGUUGAGCACCCGAGCAGGAGGACUGGGAAUCAAUCUGACAGCUGCUGACACCGUCAUCAUCUUUGACAGCGACUGGAACCCACAGGCAGACCUGCAAGCUCAGGACCGCUGUCACCGCAUAGGACAGACAAAACCAGUAGUGGUGUACCGCCUGGUCACAGCCAACACCAUCGACCAGAAGAUCCUGGAGAGGGCGUCUGCCAAGAGGAAGCUGGAGCAGAUGGUCAUCCACAAGAACAAAUUUAAAGGUGGGAAGGCAGAGCUGAACCAAAAUAAAAGCUGCAUUGAUCUGGAUGAGCUGCGGGAGCUGCUCAAAGCUCGAGGCACUGAGAAGGAGGUUAAAGCUUCGAAAGGGAACGUCAUCAGUGACAAGGACCUGGAGAUUCUCCUCGAUCGCAGCGACUUGCUGGCCAAAGAAAAGGACGGCAUGAAGAAGGAGAAAAUGGGAGUCUUCAGAGUGAUCGACGCCAAAGAGUCAUCGGAGAUCACGCUGGGCUGAGAACGCUGACGCUUCACUAAAACAGCAAAGCUGCAGCCAUGUGUUGCCAUCACUUACAGCCACUGAAAACCUGAAACUGCUGUUUGUACAGUUUGACUUUGUUUUUUAUGUAAGGUGCUUCCCUGUAGUCUCAUGGAGUGAGGUUUGUUUUACUUUUGUUGUGAUGGCCCAUCUACGACUGAAGUUAACUUUUAACUUCAUCAAGAAAAACCAGAUUCUCUCCAGCUGAGCCAAUAAAACUGCCACAAGAAGCUAAUUCACGCACUUUAGUGUCACCGUGCGGAUUUUUACAGAGAAAUAUUUCACUGAAAUACUCUGCUGCUCGUUAACAAAACGGUGACAAGGUCACUGACAAGGGUUGAUUUUCUUUAAGGCCCCCUUUAAAAGCCGUUUAUCAUCAUUCCCAGUAUUGUACUUAAAACACUUUGAUGCAGCUGGAGUUGGAUAUGUUCUCAUGUCUGGAAAUAAAUAAAGAGACUGAAUGAAAAUAAAA